AUGGUCACCCACGUCCUAGCGCGAGAAUCGCACUGGGUCAAUUGGAAGGGCCAGGGCUGUCGCGAGUGGGAGCAUGACAGCCUGGAGAUGCUGACGGGCAAGGUGCAGGAGAUUGAUGCGGUGGGUAACGCCGUCUCGUUUCCCAAAAGCGACAAGCCCAAGCUGGAUUCCACCAUCCUAAACCUCUUGAAGGAGGUGAAAGACUUCACCCCGCCAGUGGUUCAGAGUCCCCGAGUUGACGGGGAGGGUACCCCCGAGCCCUGUGCCCUGGAAAUUCGGAGGCUAGGGGAGCGGGCCUUGGAUCGACAUGAGGAGGACGAGGACCCCGCCAAUGGCAUAGAAGACGAGUACAAGGCCAAAUACAACAAGGCCUUCAUGUGGCAGAGCCGAAGGCUGUUCGGACGACACCACAUCCGAGUCUAUGCCCGGAAAGAAGUUUCCGGCAAGACGGACUUCAUGGACUUCGUCCGCUCCGCCCGAAAUCGGAAUCCUCCUCCGGAGCCGGCGAAGGAUGCUGCUGCCAAUGAUUUAAUUGUAUUUCUACCAUCGUUACUGUCUUCGCCCCCACGUCCACGCCCACACACCCACCCACACCCACACCACCACCCACACUCACAGCAUCCCCGUCCCCCACCCCCACCCUCUCUCCCAACACGCACACACACACAAAGAAAAAGAAAGACAGACAUACACAGACAGAGAGAGAGAGAGAGAGCCAUUUUGGCUCAAGCCGCGAGUGGUUCAAGGACGUGGGGGCCUCUCCGCCCUUUCUUCCCCUUCCUUCUCCUCUUCUCUCCGAGGCCCCCCGCUCCACAAACCCGGGCGCCUGCUCAUUCUCUACUGCCGCCUGUCUCCUUGCCAUUGCUGAACUUCGUGAAGGUGCAGAUUGCGCUCCUCGAGCCAGAGGUCCCUGCGGAGGAGCCAGUUGUGCAUCGGUCCUGUUCGGUGGCUGUGCCUUGA